AUGAAUCAAAUUGACAUGGACCGCAAUGAAGACAGCAAUUACUUGCCAACUCCAGGGGCUCUGGGUUUGGGUCAAGAAUCAAAUAGGGGCAAAAGAAAGUUAACCUCAAAGUUUUGUUUGGAGAAUCUUCCCAGCGCUCUAGUGUUAGCAUACCAAAGCUUUGGGGUGGUAUAUGGAGAUCUGAGCACUUCACCUCUUUAUGUUUAUAGAAGCAUAUUUGUUGGGAAGUUGCAGAAUCAUCAAACUUCUGAUGCAAUAUUUGGUGCAUUUUCAUUAAUAUUUUGGACCUUAACACUCAUUCCUCUGCUGAAAUACGUAUUUAUGUUGUUGAGUGCCGAUGAUAAUGGUGAAGGUGGUACUUUUGCUCUUUACUCCUUGCUUUGUAGACAUGCAAAAUUCAGUUUACUUCCCAAUCAACAAGCAGCUGAUGAGGAGUUGUCUGCUUACAAAUAUGGUCCCUCAGGACAGUCUUCGACAUCUUUAGCAUUGAAGAGGUUUCUCGAGAAACACAAGAAAUUGCGUACACUUCUAUUGCUUGUAGUAUUACUGGGGGCUGGUAUGGUAAUAGGUGAUGGUGUAAUUACCCCUGCAAUUUCAGUUUUAUCAUCAGUAUCUGGUCUUGAAGCUGCUGGAACAAAUUUGACUCAGGGUGAAAUACUAUUCAUUGCUUGCAUCAUAUUGGUCGGCCUAUUUGCUUUGCAGCAUGUUGGAACCCAGAAGGUCGGUUUCUUCUUUGCACCCAUCAUUUGCCUCUGGUUGAUAUCUAUUUUUUCCAUUGGGAUUUAUAAUACAAUACGCUGGAACCCGAAAAUUGUGUUGGCUCUCUCUCCACACUAUAUCAUCAAGUUCUUUAGUCAAACUGGUAUAGAUGGAUGGAUUUCACUUGGAGGGGUCCUCCUUUCAAUAACAGGCACAGAGGCAAUGUUUGCAGAUUUGGGCCAUUUCAGCGCUUUUUCUAUAAGGAUUGCAUUUGCAUUCGUUGUAUACCCUUGCUUGGUAAUGCAAUAUAUGGGCCAGGCUGCUUUUCUAUCAAAAAAUAUUUCUUCAAUCCCGAAUAGUUUCUAUGAUUCGAUUCCUGAUAGAGUAUUUUGGCCUGUCUUCAUUAUUGCCACCCUCGCAGCUAUUGUUGCGAGUCAGGCUAUCAUUUCGGCCACAUUCUCUAUUGUUAAGCAAUGUAAUGCUCUUGGUUGCUUUCCCCGUGUGAAGGUUGUGCACACCUCAAAACAUAUACGUGGACAGAUUUACAUACCAGAGAUUAAUUGGAUCCUCAUGAUUCUUACUCUUGCUAUAGCUAUUGGGUUUCGUGACAUAACUACAAUUGGAAAUGCAUAUGGCCUAGCUUGCAUGUCGGUUAUGUUUAUUACGACUUUCCUCAUGGCACUUGUCAUGGUCUUUGUAUGGCAAAGAAGUACUAUACUCGCUGCUGCAUUCCUCUUUUUCUUUUGGUUCAUUGAAGGCGCUUACCUAUUAGCUGCAUAUACAAAAGUUCCUCAUGGAGGAUGGGUGUCCCUUGUACUGUCUCUCGUCUUCAUGUUCAUCAUGUUUAUUUGGAACUAUGGAACUCGCAAGAAGUACAACUUUGAUUUAUACAACAAAGUGCCAAUGAAAUGGAUCCUUGGCCUCGGCCCGAGCCUUGGCAUUGUCCGUGUGGCUGGGAUAUGCCUUGUAUACUCAGAUCUCGUAACAGGAGUACCCGCUGUCUUCUCCCAUUUCGUCACAAAUCUUCCCUCUUUUCAUAACGUUUUGGUGUUUGUUUGUGUAAAAUCUGUUCCAGUGCCCUAUGUCUCGCCUGAGGAACGCUUCCUCAUUGGCCGCAUCGGCCCCAGACCCUAUCGCAUGUAUCGAUGCAUCGUAAGAUAUGGGUACAAAGACGUGCAGAAAGAUGAUGAGAACUUUGAGAACCUUCUAAUAUUAAGUAUAGCAGAGUUUAUCCAAAUGGAAGCUGUAGAGCCUCAGUUUUCAAGCACUGACACUGCAUCAUAUGACGGGAGAAUGGCAGUCAUAAGCUCCCGCAGUAUUCAAUCCAAUUCAACUCUAAUUGUAUCAGAGACGGGGGAUUUUGGUUCGAUCAAUUCCGUUCAAAGCAGUAAAUCUCUAACUCUCCAACGUUUAAGAUCUGCCUAUGGUGACGAGAACCCACAAGUUAGAAGGCGUCAAGCAAGGUUUCAAGUACCACAUAACCCCGGGAUGGAUCCUGCGGUAAGGGAUGAACUUUUGGACUUAAUCCAGGCAAAAGAAGCUGGCGUUGCUUAUAUACUAGGGCACUCUUAUGUGAAGGCGAGAAGAUCAUCGUCAUUCCUGAAGAAAUUUGUGAUUGAUAUCGGUUACUCAUUUCUUCGUAAGAAUUGCAGGGGUCCGGCUGUGGCUCUUCAUAUUCCUCAUAUUAGCCUGAUCGAAGUAGAAAUUCACAGGCUUGAUGCACCAAUGGAAGACAGCCAGUCGAACACCAUGGAUUCUCUUGAAAUUAGGGAGGAUUUGAAAUCAAUUUUACCAUAUUUACCACUAAUACUCCGUUCGUCUGCACUAUUAUGGCCUCCGGCGAUGGUGGAAGCGCUGAAAUCCCUAGCUGGAGGACCUUUGCACAGUAAUGUUAACUCGGGUCAAGUUCUUGCUAUCGCCAUUUCCGACCUUCGUAAUUCACUUAGCUUGCCGGACCUCCACCCCUCCGCACCUAACGGCUAUGUCUUCUUCUUUGAUGACUUGAUGGGAAGGGAUGAGUCUGAGAAGUGGUUUGGAGAGGUGGUCCCACAACUGGCAGAUUUGCUAUUGAGAUUACCAGAUUUGUUGGAGACACAUUAUCAAAACACAGUUUGUUUCAAUGGAAUGGAAACUGGUCUUCGGUUACUGGAAUCACAAAAGCAGGGUAUUGUGUUUCUCAGUCAGGAAUUGAUUGCUGCUCUUCUGGUUUGCUCUUUCUUUUGCUUGUUUCCAACCACAGAUAGAGGGGCCAAGCAUCUUCGAGCAGUCAACUUUGAUAAUUUAUUUGCGUGCUUCUAUGACUCCCAUGAUGUGAAACAGGAAAAUAAGAUAAAAUGCAUUGUUCACUAUUUUGAGGAGAUAUGCUCACAUAUGCCUAUGGGAAAUGUCUCUUUUGAACGAAAAGUUCUUCCACUGACAAAUAGCCCAUCCCACAUUUCUUUCCCUAAGGCUAAUUUUUGGAGCAAGUCUAGCGUCUCCCUUUGCCAUUUGGAGGUUCACAGCUCUGGUUCGAUUGAAGAUCAACCCGCUGAAGCUCUUGAAGUAGAUUUUGCAAAUAAAUGCAUAGGAGGUGGUGCUCUUCGCCAGGGCUGUGUACAGGAAGAGAUUCGUUUUAUGAUCAAUCCAGAAUUGAUUGUUGGCAUGCUUUUCUCGCCUGCAAUGGCAGAUAAUGAGGCUAUUGAAAUUAUUGGUACGCAGAGAUUCUCCAAUUACUCUGGAUAUGCUUCUUCAUUCUGUUUUUAUGCCGGCUACAAGGACGUCAAGGGUGCUGAUUCAAUGGGAAGGCGUAAGACAAGGAUAAUCGCAAUAGACGCACUGUCCCGUGUCGGUAAGAGACAGUACACUCCGGAAUGCCUUCUCCGAGAGACUAACAAGGCAUUCUGUGGCUUUUAUGAUCAAUCCAAAAGACAGCAAUAUGAAAAUCUGUUUGUAGACACUGGAUUUUUGGAGGCUGAGUUUGAAGAAGGCAUUAGAAACCCUCUUGGAAGUUCCACGAGAAAUCUUUUGACUUCAUUUCAAUCAAUCAAUGAAACUUCUAAUACCCUGCCAAUGAGGGACAAUGAGCCGAAUUGGGAUGUUGAUAAUGUUGGUAUUGCGACAGGGAAUUGGGGCUGUGGUGCUUUUGGGGGAGAUCCUGAAGUCAAAACCAUAAUUCAGUGGCUAGCGGCGUCUCAAGCACUAAGACCUUUCGUCUUAUAUUACACAUCCGGUUUGGAGACCUUGAGGAAACUUGACAAGGUAGCACAAUGGAUUAUAUCCCAACAAUGGACUGUGGGAGAACUCUGGGAAAUGUUGAUCGAGUGCUCGCGGUACCUCCAAAUAGUGAACGGCAAUUUUUGUCAUCAACAGAAGAAGCCAAUGGAAUUGUUUCAGCUGACCUUGAGGCCACGCUUUCAGUUUACUUAUGCGAAAGAAAAAUGCUUAAUUGAUUUCUCAUCGUCUUAUGGGGCUUCUCGUACGUGGAGAAAGAAACAGGGCAGCACUUCAUGUUCGUCAUCGAGAAUGAUGCCUUUGAACCUAUCCGCUCGACAACUUUUGAGGUCACCUUUAAGGGGGGAUGGUAUUAGAAGAAGUGGUAUAAGAGUCUCUAAAAUAGAAGAAUUACUUAGGCUACGUGGUGGGAAGGAAGAGGAAGAAGAUGAAUCCAGUGGGAGUGAGGCAGAGGAGGAGAAUGAUGAUAACCGUCUCAUGGAUGAAAAAGAGAGGAAAGAGUGGAGGCAAAAAAUUAGAGAAGUUAUCGAUAAAAUUCCUGAUGUUGAUGAAGAGGUUGACCUUGUCGAGAGAAGGAAAAAGAUGCAAAAGCUUUUGGCUGAAUAUCCUCUUGUGGUUGAGGAGGACGAUCCAGAUUGGCCUGAGAAUGCUGAUGGGUGGGGUUUCAACUUGGAUCAGUUCUUCAACAAGAUCACCAUAAAGAAUGUCAAGAAGGAUGAUGAUGAGGAUUACGAUAGUGAAAAUGAAAUAGUGUGGCAAGAUGAUGAUUAUAUUCGUCCAAUCAAAGACAUCACCUCUGCAGAGUGGGAAGAAGCUGUGUUUAAGGAUAUAAGUCCUUUAGUUGUUCUUGUCCACAAUCGCUACAAAAGACCAAAGGAAAAUGGAAGGAUUCAGGAUGAAUUGGAGAAAGCUAUUCACAUCAUAUGGAAUUGCAGGCUACCAUCACCAAGAUGUGUUGCCAUUGAUGCUGUUCUGGAGCUUGAUUUGGUCUCUGCUCUACAAGUCUCGUCCUUCCCAGAACUCAUUUUCACUAAAGCUGGGAAAAUCUUAUACCGUGAAAAUGGGGUCAGAACAGCAGAUGAGUUGUCAAAGAUAAUGGCAUUCUUUUACUAUGGAGCCGCCAAGCCACCAUGUCUGAUCAACUCUCUGCGGACAGGUGCCAGUGGUGUUCGUUCAGGUGAGUACCCUGUGAGGAAUGUUAUAUUCAUCAAUUUGAAGUUCUGGUAUAAGGCAGUUCUCAUUCCUGCUGAUACAAGAUCUCUGAGCGGCUUGGUGUUGGAAGGGCAGACAAGGAUGUAA